AGGAAGAGCUUCAACAUGGCAGCGUCCUGAGCGACGUUUUUCGGAAUCUCUCUGAAUGUUUAUCGGAUCUUAGGGAAUGGGCUCUCAGGUGCUCCAGACUCUCCGGCAGGGAGUCUGGGCAUCCCUGACAGGGGGGUGGUACCAUGACCCAGACCAGAACAAAUUCAAUAACUCCUGUCACCUCUAUCUGUGGAUAUUCCUUCUCAUGCUCCCUUUAACCCUCCACCUGGCUCUGCCCCCGACCAGUGUGACACUGAGUAUUUACUGCAGUUUGGUGACGGUGCUUUUCAUCCUGAUUAAGUUGGUCAAUUAUCGGCUCCACCUGAUGUUUGAUAAUGAUGAAAUUGUGGCUCUGAGCACUCUCUCAGAUGUCAGGAAAGCAGGAGAACAGAAGAGCCAUGGUUCUGAUGUGUGUCUUUCUAGCAGUAUGAGGAAGAGCAGUACUGUACCUGAUGUUAUUGCCAUGUCGGAACUAAACAGAGACAGACAUCAGGGUCCUGUAGCCCACGUCACUCUGAAACGGAGAGAAACAGCUCUAGGUGUCGCUGUUGUGGAACACCCAGAGCCUGAAGCUGCCAGGAGCAAUGAAGGAAUGACAGAGACACCACGUAUUGAGAAAGAAAGGGCAACUGCACAGCAGGCCUCAAUAACAGAGGAGAAGCUUGUCUCUGAAGGUGUUUAUAAAGGCUCGAAUACUCCUGCUGCUGCACCCCACACUGUGUCAAAGGAAAGCGACCGAAAUCUCUCUCAGGGAGAAACAAUCCCAUCUCCAAAGGGAGAUCUGGAAGAGGUCGGUGAAGAAAUGCUGAAACGGAAAUGCGAGCAGGAUGCCAACAACAACUCUCUAGAGAUCAGCCCGGAGCAGUGUGCGCCCCCAACGGGCAGCCACCACGGGGAGAGUUACUGCUCUGACGAAAUUGCGGUCGUCCUUGUCGACAACUCCAACCCCUCCGUCCAGAUCGACGACAGCGACACGGUAAAGAUCGUCAUCACUUUGAGCUGCGACGCCCAGACGGCGGCCGACCUGGAGGAGACCGUGAAGCUCAGCAUUCGACAGUCCGCCCAGCUCCAGCUCACCCCAGCCCCCUCGGAGCUACGGAGCGAAGCUGCUGGCCCCGGUGUGGUGAACAUCCCCGUCAUCACUUUCGACCUGCCCGAAGACGGCGGGUCUUCGCCCGGCGCGAACGCGAGCCUACAGCUACCCACACCGGAGGCGAAUUUAUCAAAGGAGCAGGUGAGCACCGACUCCGCCGCUCAGGACUGCAGGGACAGCGAGUCCAACGAGCACGAGAAUGGGCUUCUCAGUCCACGGGUGAACGCGACCAACGAGAACAGCUCCUCUGGCAUCGAAUCGCAAGUGUGCUCCCACCAAGAGGAGAACUUCCUCGACGGGCAAGAGCCCAAAACAGAAGCUGACGGUUUCCUGCAGAUUCCGUCCGGGUACGAGAGAGGAAACAGUAAACACUCCAGUGGGCCGAAGACUCAUAACAGGGGCCUCAGCAUGGACAGCGGCAGAGACGCUGUCCUCAGCACAGAUAAAGCCCAGGACAAACUGCAGACUCUGACGUCCUCCAAGUCUGACUUGGAAGCCAAGGAGGGCCAGAUUACCAACGAGUCCAACUUCGUGGAGUUUGUCUCUUUGUUGGAGUCCAUCAACAGCACGAGGAGCAGCGCUGGAAAUCAGGUGGAAGCCGCCGCCGAGCAGGGAGAAAGGGCGACAGAUGAAGCAGACACUGUAACAGCAAUGAAGCACGACGAGGAGACUGACACAGAAGGUCCCCAAGAGCACACCAACCCACCUAGCAGCUUGCAGACAGCAGUCGCACACCACACAGUUCCUGAGAACCAGAUGCUUGCUGUCUCUCCAGAGAGCCCUCAGCACGACAAGGAGGGAGACCCCAAUUAUGACUCUCUGCCUUCCCAGACCUCUCAGUCAGAAAGCUCCAUGUUGCAAAUUAUAUGCAGACCAGAAGCUACCUCCAAAGAAGAAGCUUAUACCUUCCACACAGUUCACAGGGAGAGGCCCUGUAAACUCUAUGCUGAAAGAGCACUGAAUCUGCCACUGGGAGCAGAGCUGAUUACAGGGAAUAUUUGCGAGCUCCUGUCCACCUCAUCCAACUCAGAGUGCCUGGAUGGGCCCGCUGCGGGCCUCCCAGAAUGCCCUUUCCAGAGGCGUGUCGUGCCCGUGCAGAGACUGAGGCCCAGGAGGACACGCCCAGAGAUCUUUCAGGAAGAGGACUCCGUUGAAGAAACCUCAGAGACCUGUACACAGGAAAACCCUGCUCGUAAGCAGUACUACAAGAUCUGGGUUUUUCCUGGAAAAUGGAUUAAUAUCUUGUAUGACCGGCUGACGUUACUGGCACUGCUGGACAGGAACCAGGAUGCGGUGGAGAACAUGGUGGCUGUGCUUCUGGCAUUCCUGGUUUCCUUCCUUGGAUUUGUACUGCUGAGCCACGGCUUCUUUAAAGAUAUAUGGAUUUUCCAGUUCUGCUUGGUCAUCGCUAGCUGUCAGUACUCCUUACUGAAGAGUGUCCAGCCAGAUGCUGCCUCACCAACACACGGACACAAUCAGAUUGUUGCCUACAGCAGAGCUGCCUAUUUUUGUAUUUUCUGUGCCCUUAUUUGGUUGCUGGAGAUUGUUCUGAAGAAACAGGACCUCCCUGUGUCUACAGUCUAUGGAAUCAGAAUAAUUUCUCCAGAUGUCCUGCAAUUCAUACGAGAUGUUUUAAUAGGGUUUGUACACUGCUUUCCAAUUAUAUUUCUUCUGGGCCUCCUCCCCCAAAUCAACACCUUCCUGAUUUACCUGCUGGAACAAAUCGACAUGCAUUUCUUUGGCGGAACUGCUGUCACAGGGAUGACCUCUGCACUGUACAGCUUAUCUCGCAGCCUGAUUGCAUUGGCUACACUUUAUGGCUUUUGCUUUGGAGCUCUGAAGGAGCCAUGGGAUGAACAGCACAUCCCAGCCCUGUUCUCUGCCUUCUGUGGUCUGCUCGUUGUGUUUUCUUACCACCUCAGUCGCCAGAGCAGUGACCCUUCAGUACUGCUGUCUCUGAUCCAGUCUAAACUGCUGCCUGAUUUAAAAGGCUGUGAUGAGGACAACUCAGUGGAAAAUGCAGAUCCUCUUCCGGAGAAGCUGAGGAAUUCAGUGAGGGAAAUUCUCCACUCCGACCUGGUUGUGUGCACUGCAGCGUCUGUUUUAACGUUUGCACUGAGUGCCAGCACUGUGUUUCUGUCCCUAAAGCCCUUUGUCACCAUUGUGUUGUACACGUUAGCUGGGACUGUUGGCGUUGUCACCCACUACCUGAUUCCUCAGCUGAGAAAGCACCACCCCUGGCUCUGGGUCUCGCAUCCCAUUCUCAAAAGUAAAGAGUACACGCAGUACGAACCAAGAGAGGACGCCCACUUAAUGUGGUUUGAAAGGCUGCAUGUGUGUCUGGUCUGCUGUGAGAAGUUUCUCAUUUACCCAGCCAUCAUCCUCAGCGCCCUGAUCAACGACGGCUUCUGCCUCAGCCACAGAAAGAAGCUGGGCACACACUGUGAUGUCUUGUUGAUGACAGUUGCUGGGAUGAAGCUGCUGCGCUCCUCCUUUUGCCAUCCCAGUUUCCAGUGCGUGACGCUGAUAUUCACCUUACUGUUCUUCAAGUACGAUUACAGCUGGGCGUCUGAGACAUUCCUCCUGGACUUCUUCCUCAUGUCCAUUGUGUUCCACAAGCUCCGGGACCUCCUCUACAAGCUGCACUUUGUCCUGGUGUACGUGGCGCCGUGGCAGAUCUCCUGGGGAAGUGCAUUUCACGCUGUCGCUCAGCCCUUCGCUGUGCCACACUCAGCCAUGCUCCUGCUCCAGACCUUGGUGACCUCACUGUUCUACAUCCCACUCAGUCCUUUCCUCGGCAGUGCCAUCUUCGUCCUUUCCUAUCCCCGACCGGUCAAGUUUUGGGAAAGAAACUACAACACCAAACGGAUAGACAACUCAAACAGCAGACUGAUGUCCCAGAUUGAGAAAGACGCAGGAAGCGAUGAUAACAACCUCAACUCGAUAUUCUACGAGUACCUGACGCGAUCCCUGCAGCGCUCACUGUGUGGGGAUCUGCUCCUGGGCCGCUGGGGGGACUACAGCCAAGGGGACUGUUUCAUGCUGGCCUCAGAUUACUUGAACGCCUUUGUGCACCUGAUUGAGAUUGGGAACGGCCUGGUUACUUUCCAGCUACGAGGCCUGGAGUUCAGAGGCACGUACUGCCAGCAGCGGGAAGUGGAGGCCAUCGCAGAGGGCGUGGAAGACGACGACGCUUGCUGCUGCUGUGAGCCGGGACACCUGCCUCACAUCCUGUCCUGCAACGCCGCCUUCAACCUGCGCUGGCUGGCCUGGGAGGUCACCUCCACCAAGUACCUGCUGGAGGGCUACAGUGUCAGUGAGAACAACGCCGCCACCAUGCUGCAGGUGUACGACCUGAGGAAAUUGCUCAUCACCUACUAUCUCAAGAGCAUCAUAUACUACCUGCUCCACUCCCCUAAGCUUCAGGAGUGGAUAAAAGAGCAUUCAGUGCAGCAGGCACUCCAGGUGUACACCAAGUGGCACCACAUCGAGAGAGACCCCGCCGUGUUCAGUGUCAAGAUCGACGAGGACUACGUCCUCUGCCUCCAAGGAGUGACCAGGGCCAGUUUCUGCAACGUGUACCUGGAGUGGAUUCAGUACUGCAGCAGCAAGCUGGAGGAGCCUGUCGACAGCGAAGAGGACUCCCCCUUAGUCACCCUGUGCUUUGCUCUCUCGGUCCUUGGGAGAAGAUCUUUAGGGAGCGCCUCCCACAACAUGUCCAACAGCUUGGAGUCUUUCCUGUAUGGCUUCAACGCGUUGUUCAAAGGAGAUUUCCGCAUAGCGGCUAAGGAUGAGUGGGUGUUCACGGACAUGGACCUCCUUCAGAAGGUUGUGGCCCCAGCGGUACGCAUGAGCUUAAAGCUCCACCAGGAUCACUUCACUUGCUUGGAGGAGACAGAGGACCCUGCGGUCCUGUACGAGGCUAUUAGUAACUACGAGGAGACCCUGGUCAUCUGUCACGAGGGAGACCCGGCUUGGCGGAAGGCCGUGCUGUCCAGCAGGGACACCCUCUUGACUCUCAGGCACAUGAUGGACGAGGGCGCUGACGAAUACAAGAUCAUCAUGCUCUACAAGCGUCACCUCAGCUUCCAAGUCAUCAAGAUCAACAAGGAGUGUGUCCGAGGUCUCUGGGCGGGGCAGCAGCAGGAGCUGGUGUUCCUCCGCAAUCGGAACCCAGAGAGAGGGAGCAUCCAGAACUCCAAGCAAGCUCUGAGGAACAUGAUCAACUCCUCCUGUGACCAGCCUCUGGGCUACCCCAUGUACGUGUCGCCUCUGACUACGUCCUACAUGGGAGCCCACAAGCAGCUCCAGGGCAUCUGGGGUGCGCCCAUCAGUUUGGUGAAUUUAAAAUCCUGGCUCUUCUCCAAAUGGUUAAGAGUGAGGAAGGACACCGUCACGAGCUGCCACAGCAGGGGGACCAUGGAGGACGGGGACUGUGGGGGUGGAGGCUCCUCUCUCAGUAACCACCCCAGCUCCAUCACCUCUCAGAGCCUGAGUGUGGGCAGGACCAGGGCUGUGCAGGCAACCAGAGGCAGGCAGCACGGAGCAGCCAGAAGAGAGUACAGGAGCCGCUCUGUCCAGCCACAGAACCCGAGGCCCCCCGUCACCAGCCAGUCCGGGCCCAUCCUGGAGAGCCAGCAGGUGUCCACCUCUGCCCAGGGCGUGGUGCAGAGGCUGUCCAACAGCACCUCCAUCGCCUCGGUCUUCUCCCAGGCGCUCCGCUUCUCCGCGGCCGGCCCGCUCAGCUCCCAGCUGCCCCCCGCGGCCCAGCUCAGGCCCAGCCAGGGCUCCUCCUCCAGCUCCACGCUCAGCCUGCUCUUCGGCAAGCGCAGCUUCUCCAGCGGCCUGGUCAUCUCCGGGCUGUCGGGAGCGGAGGGCGGGAACACCUCGGACACGCAGUCUUCCAGCAGCGUCAACAUCGCCGCCGGGCCGUCCGGCAGAUCCGCCAGCAGAGCCACGCAGGUAGCAGCAGAGAGGGACACCGACGGGGGCGAUCAUACCGCAACAAGUGCAAGAGAAUGGACAUCGGAAGCCUGUGAAAGCCUAGAAGCCACAAACUCUGGUCAACCACAAGGCCCAGCUGGCCCCACGGAGAACGCCACUUCUUCAGAAAGAGAGGAGAAGAGCGCAGAAGAAUCUGCCCCAGUUUUCCAAGAAGUGCCAGAGCAUCACCCCUCUCAGAGAUGUUGACACCUGCUCCAAAACUCAGCAUGUUCUGCAAGAAGAUCAUAUUGUUGGAGCAGAAGCUGGGAACCUUUAACCAAGCAACACAAUAAAUGUUCGUGAAAACGAUACCCCACAAAACUAGAAAAAAGACAUGGAAUGUAAUAUACUAUCUAGUACACAACUGACAUGGCAUUGACAAGUUGCUGUACAUCUGGCAAGUACUGCAAUAGAAUUAAAAAAAAAAGAUAAUUCCAGUAAGAUUUUGAGAGCAUUCAAUAAAGCUGGGGUCUGGCUGUUAAAACUGGAUGUUAAAAGUCCUCUGCAUGUCCAGGGAUUGGGAUUGUCUGAUUGGCAUGAUGUUUGACCACUGAUGUCAUGGGUCUCCAUGCCUGAACCUGGAGUUUCUAAAGACCCUGAACAGCUUGACUGUCAUCAGUUAAACAGCUAAUGUGUUUAUAUACAGUAUAUAUAUACAUGUUGUAAAUGUCUUUUGAUACAGCUAUCAGAAUAAGUCAUAAGGACCAGAAUUACUUUAAGCGAACUAAUUACUUGCUUAGUUAUUAGUGACUUUUAAAAUGUUCAUAAUCUUUAAAAGACAGGGCGGUGAGGAUGACCUAUAGGACUAUACAGACUGGGGCUUUCCGGGAGCAGGCAUGGAGACAAUUGCUUUACAGUAACGGUCAGCUAACCUCUGACCAAAGAGCGACUCAUUGUAUGACAUGUCUUCUUUAGCCUUCAACGCUAAAUCCACCCCAGGAUUGUUUGAGGAUUUCUGGUGCUUGAAAUAUGGAUGUUACCUAUUAAAUUAUGUUUGCACACAG